AUGAGUGCCACCGUCACUGUUACCGAGCCCCCGAGGAUCACGGCCGAGAAUGUUGCGACCCUCUUCCCCGAGGUCGACACUUCGCUCGCGCGGGAGGUGCUCCCCACUGCGACAAGCAACCCCUCCGCCACCCAGGCGGGCGACGAGCUGGCCGGCUACGAUGAGGAGCAGGUUCGCCUGAUGGAUGAAGUGUGUAUUGUUCUCGAUGAUGAUGACAAGCCCAUUGGCAGUGCCAGCAAGAAGGCUUGCCAUUUAAUGACCAACAUCGAUCGCGGUCUCCUUCACCGUGCCUUUUCGGUCUUCCUCUUCGACUCCAACAAGCGCCUGCUGCUUCAACAACGUGCCUCCGAGAAGAUCACUUUCCCCGACAUGUGGACGAACACCUGCUGCUCCCACCCCCUAGGCAUUCCUGGAGAGACGGGCUCGCAACUUGAUGCGGCCGUGCUGGGCGUGAAGCGCGCGGCACAGCGCAAAUUGGAGCAAGAGCUGGGAAUCAAGCCGGAGCAAGUCCCGCUGGAUAAGUUUGAGUUCUUCACCAGAAUCCAUUACAAGGCGCCCAGUGAUGGCAAGUGGGGAGAGCAUGAGAUCGACUACAUCCUGUUCAUCCAAGCCGAUGUCGAUCUGAACGAGAACCCGAACGAAGUGCGCGACACGAAAUACGUCUCCGCCGAGGAGUUGAAGCAGAUGUUUGAGCAGCCGGGGCUGAAAUUCACACCGUGGUUCAAGCUAAUCUGCAACUCGAUGCUGUUUGAGUGGUGGGGUCACCUGGGCUCGUCGUCGCUAGAGCCAUACAAGAACGAGCAUGAGAUCCGUCGGAUGUGA